AUGGAUCCGUUUUCCCUUACUUCUCCCGGCCCUGUGAACAUAGACGUAGGGUCUUCUGAUGUUCCUAAACCGGUGGAAAGGAGAAAGUGGACAACACAAGAAGACUUAGUCCUCAUAAGUGCUUGGUUAAACACCAGCAAAGAUCCCAUAGUUAGUAACCAGCAGAAGUUAGGGUCGUUUUGGAAAAGAAUUAAGGAUUAUUUCAAUUCAAGCCCUCAGCUCACAGGCUUUGCUUCUAGAGAGUGGAGUCAGUGUAAGCAGAGGUGGGGAAGGCUCAAUGACCAGGUGUCUAAGUUUGUGGGAAGCUAUCAGGCCGCUUUGAAGGAGCAAGCUAGUGGCCAAAAUGAGAACGAUGUCAUGAAGUCUGCCCAUGACAUCUUCUUCAACGACUACCACGGCAAGUUCACACUUGAACAUGCGUGGAGGGAGCUGCGGUUCGAUCAAAAAUGGAGGUCUAUCUCUUUACCAAGAGAUGGUGCAAAGGAGAAAAGGAAGGAAGCUGCAGAGACGGUACCUGACUCGGAAGAGGUAAGGCCACCUGGUGUUAAGGCUUCCAAAGCAGCCAAACGCAAGAAGAAUGGGAAUGAAGCUGCAUAUGAUCGACUACAGAGCAUUCUAGACUUGAAACAGAACAUAUCCAAACAGAAACUACUAGAUCGUCUCAUGUCAAAAAAAGAAACUCUCACUGAAAUGAGGUGUCUCUGA